AUGUAGAGAGAAGAACUCUUUAUAAAAACUCCUCAAUAAAAAAAAACAACUAAUGGGAUCUCAUUUUAAUAAAAAAUUAACUAAUUAAAUAAGAAAAAUAGCAUCAAAUUUUCAGAACUUUUAAAAGAGCGUAGAAUGGAUAAUAAAUCAAAUACAAAAGUUACAUUUAGAAGACCUAGUAUAUAACGUAAACCUGUGUAUAAAAUUUGUUAAGGUAUUAUUAUUAAGUUAAAAUAAAAAGCUAGCAGUAUAUAAAGACACUUAUCAUAAGAACCAUAGACAUCAGGUACCUAUAGUGUUGUAUUUUCAAAUCAUGCGCAAUAAAUUUUAGAUAAAAGGAAAAUUCAAACAAGUAAUUGUGAUCCAACUGAUGACUCUAAAAAUAAAAUAUAGAAGGGCUUCUAUAACUAAUAAGAUAUAAACAAUACUAAAUCAAUUCUCACUAGUUUAUUAUAAGGUAUGUAACAUAGAAUUUCUGCAGACAAAAACAUGGGCAUCCUUGGUUUUUAAGUUAUACCGUUCACAAAAUUGAUAGAAAAUCAUGCUUUAAUAUCUCAAUAAACUAUUAGAUAAAAAGCAUUCUCUCAAGAUAAAGAAAGAGAUAAAUCUUAAUCUUUCACAGAAGAAUUAGAUAAAAGACUUAAAUCUAGAAAGUCACAAAAUACCAAAUAAAGAAAAUCUAUUAAUUAACCUAAUACUAGUCCAAUUCCUUAAAAAAUAAUUGUUCCUUAAAAUAGUACAACUUAAAUGUAAAAUACUAAUUUUAGAUUCUCUUUAACUGAGUAUUCGUAAUUAUCAAGGGAACAAUUAUUUUAAACUAAAUUACAGAAUUAUUAACAUUUUUUAUUUUUAGUAUCUUCUUAAAGUGGAUUUUAUACAUAACCUCAAGAUAGUCUAAUUGAUUUAAAAUUAAAAAUCGGAGGAGGAAAUAAUUCUUUUCUUAUUAAAGAAAUAGUAAAAUAAAGAUGGUGGUGGAAUCAAAUGAAAUUCAAUGAAUUAUCUAAUGAAGAUAGUAAUUUCAUUUGGACAUAAAUUAAAGUUUAAGAAUUCAUUAAUUUAUAAUAAUAUUCUAAUAAUUGUGUUUAACAUUAAUAAAAGAAAAUCUUCAAUUAACAAUCAUUUAAUUCAAUCAAAAAGAAAUAAGUUAUGGAUCCUUUUUUAAGAUUGAUGAGAGAUGAUUAUGAAUAUAAAUCAAUUGAUAGAAAUUAAAAAGCAUAUAUGAAAUUUAUAAAUUAGAAGAAUAUAAGUUUAUUUAAGGUUAAUUCAAAUAUUAAGGUAUUAAAUUUAAUUAGAAAUAGAUUCAUAAUCAUAUUGAUAAGAAUUAUCAUUUAGGAAAUAAGAAAGCAAUGUAUCAUAAUCUUAAAAAAUAUUAUGAAUUGACAAAACAAGACUUGAAUUAGAUAAUUCCAAAAACAUUUCAUAUAUAAAAGGGAGCCAGAGAUAAAACUUAUUUAUAGUUUCUUGAAUUCUAUAAAAAACAACCUAAGUAUAAACAGAUUACUAUCUAGAGGCUCUACUUGGAUAAUAAAACCUGGGGAAUUCACAAAUAGAGGAACUGGAAUUACAGUAUGUUAAACAUUAUCUGAAAUAAAUAAAAUUGUGAGUAAAAAAUAGAUACAUUCUAAUGGAAAACACUUUACUUAUUUAAUUUAAAAGUAUAUAGAAAAACCUUUUUUGUAUAACAAAAGGAAAUUUGACAUUCGAUGUUACUUUCUUAUUACAUAAUUGAAUAAUAUAAUGAGAGCAUAUUGGUAUGAAGAUGGAUACAUUAGAACAUCAUCUGAAGAAUUUGAUUUAAAUGAUCCUGCUAAUUUAUAUGUUCAUUUAACUAAUGAUGCAAUAUAAAAAUAUGCUGAUACAUAUGGUAAGUAUGAGAAUGGUAAUAAAUUAUCAUUUUCUGAAUUUUAACGUUAUUUAGAUAAUCAACCUAAAAAAUAUAAUUUUUAUAAGGAUCUCUAUCCUUAACUUAUUGAUAUUGCUACAAUAAGUAUAAAAUCAGUGUACUGUAAAUUAGCUGGUUAUAAGAAGGAAUAUAAUUUUGAAAUAUUUGGUUUGGAUUUUAUGAUAGAUUAGUCAUUUAAACCUUAUUUAAUAGAAAUAAAUACUAAUCCAUGUUUAGAAACUAGUAGUCCUGUACUUUAAAGAAUAAUUCCAUAAAUGGUUGAAAAUGCAUUUCGAAUGUCAAUUGAUACAAUUAUUCCACCUCCAGAUGCAAGUUUAUGGCCACCAUGUAAGAAACAUUUUUUAUUUUAUGACAAUCUUUUAGAAAACAAUAAGUUUUAAUUAAUAUUUGAUGAAAGAGAAGAUUCUGAAGAAUUAAUUAAAUUAUAUGGAGGAAUUAUGAUUCAUGAUGAAAUUGAUGAGAUGGAUGAAGAAGAGGAAGAAUAUGAAAGUGAAAAUGAAAAUAAGAAUUUUGAUAAUUGA